UUUGAGGUAUCAUGGUUUGUUUUUCUCGAAACAGAUUAAAGCAAUUUUCGAAAAACGUUAAAAAGGCUCUUUAUAACAGCACAGGAAAUAAAAUAGUUUUACUAUCUUUACUUCAGUGCAUGUGUGCAUUUCAUUGUAUUUGGACAGACAUUAACACAAGUACAUCCGGAAAUAUGCCUAAGCGACUGGACCCAAGAGACAUCCGUUUUACACAUGAUUCAGUAGAUGAAACAUUUGAUGAUGGGAGACACUUAGAAGACACACUAAGGGAACUAAAGGACGGGACAACUGACGUAGAAACGAUACCAAGAAUAACCGUUGUAAAGAAAGACGGAAUGAUAUUUUCUCCUAAUAACAGGCGAUUAUGGGUGUUCAAAGAAUACGCAAAAUUUCUAGAAAACAAGAAUAAGGUAUUAGAGGUGCCUGUAAAAUUUGGAACCUCAGAUGGGCUAAAAUCCUGUGAUAUGACAACAACUAAUGAAGGUGAAAAUGUAGAAGUUCGGCCUAACGGAUCCGAAAAAUACGACAGAAAUAUUGAAACUGUAAGACUGUACGAUGUUCUUUACAGCACCGACAAACUUUAUCGAUUUAGUAAAUCUGGCGGCCAUUAUCAACGUUCUACAAUAGAUGAUGAACUUAAAAGGUUCUCAUCUAAUGUAAAUGAAACUAAACUGUUACCAGUCUUAAAAGUGGUGAAAAGAAAGGGUCAUUUAUAUGCUCUAGAUAACCUAGAGCUCUGGCUGUUGAAACAAUGGCAUGAAAAAAAUCCUGAAGGUCUCGCUAUUAAAGACAAAAAUCUUCCUAAAGUUGCAUCUACAGGUAACGUAAGGAAUAAUGGUUCCGGAAAUGAAAGUCAAAAUGAGCGUCCGGGUGUUACUAAAGAUACAGUGAACAAAUCAGAUACCAAUCAUCAAGAUGAAAGUCCAAGAAGCAGAAAGAGGGAAAAAAGCUUAGAAUCUGUAAUUUAUCAAAGGGAAGUCAGUGAUGCAUGUCAAAGCGUUGAAGGCAAGGCAAAUAAAUUAGAUUCAGAUAUUGAACUACAGAAACAAAUUGGAGAUAUGGAACUAGACUUGAAAGAACAGCAUGAAGAAAAAAAUGACGAAGACCUCACGAAAAGUCAUUUAGUUCCAACCGACCACUUGAAACAUAACGAUGUUCUGAAUGGUGGUGAGAAUGUACGAAUAGAAUUAAGACCAUAUAGGGAGCUGACAGAGAUCUUUACAACAAUAGAUGAAGGGCGCUCUAUACAGAUUGUAUGGGACGAACCGAAAAAGGAUAAAGGGAAGAAAUUUAAGCCUCUAACUAGACAAAAGCCGUCGCAAGAACGAAAGGAUUUGGUGAAGUAUUGUCAAAGUUACGAAAACCAGUCAAAAAGGUCAUCUAGACGCUGAACUGUAAGCAUGCAAAAUGUUAAAUGUUGAUACAAAGACGUUGUUAUGUAUUAAAAUAGAGAGGAACAUCAUGUGUCAGAAUUGGACUUCUACUACGUAUAUAAUGCAUCUGGCGCUCAGAGACUGCAGGAGAAUUUCUCAUGCUGUUUAACAAUGUCUCGUGACAUUACAUUGUAUUUAUAAAGCCUAUAUUAGGCAAACAUAAAAAUUGUAAAGAGUAUUAUAAUUGUAUUUUCUGUUCAGAUUAAUACAUGUACAUGAAAAUGUUCUUCACUGGACAAUUUAAUAUUAUACCAGUUAACAGUUGUGCAUAUUGGAUAUUUUACGUUGUAUAUAAUGAUAGCAAUGCCACAUACUCAGUAAGAUUUUAUUUUAAAUAAAGAUUUUUGCUUCACCUACACGUACUUUAUACUUAUUUUUAUAUAAUUUUCCUACUUUGAUCAAUGUAUUAAAAUGUUCCACAUCUGACAUUGUAGUGUUAUACCUGUAGAAAGUGCACAGCCGUAAGUUUUAUAUCAAUAUUGUUAUUAAGUCAAAGGGAGAAUAUUCAAUAAAAUCUAAUUCUGAAUAAAGGUUCGUUUCCAUUUCUUGAAAAUUUUAACGUUGCCAAUACUGGUUUUUGUAAAAAUGUUUGAUAAUUGUUCCUCUAUUUAGAUUAAUGCACGGAAAAUGUUUUUCUUGUUUCAUUGUAGUUUUAUACCUGUAUUCAGUAGUCAAUAGUUGUAUAUUAACUCUGGAUAUAGUGAUAGGCUGAUAGCACAUUAAAUCGAAGUAAUAUACUUAAUAACAUCUAAUUGUAAAUAAAUAUACCCUUCCUUUACUUCUUACUUUUAACGUUACUUAUACUAAAUUUUGCAAAAUAGUUUGAUAAUUGAUUUUCUAUUUAGAUUGAUGCACUGAAAAUAUUCUACUUAUGAUAUUAUAGUUUUACAUCUGAAUACAAUAGUCUAUGUUUUUGUUUUGUUUUAUGCUGUAUAUAGUGAUAGUUGAUAUUAAAUCAAAGAGAUGAUAUACUCAUAUAAAAACAAUUUAGAUAAAGAUUUGCUUCUUUAACAUAAACUUUAAACUAUCUGACACAACAAUGUAAUGUCUUUACGUUGCAAGUACUAUUUUUGCAAUUGUUUUUCUGUAUUUCUCUAUGUAUGAAAAAUGAACUUUUACUCUUGUAAUAUACAUUGUACCUUUAUGAUGUUGAGCAUAGCAGUAUGUUAACGUUGUAUAUAAUGAUACUCAUGUGUCGUAGAGAGGCAGAAAUAUAAAUGAAACAAAACCAAACAA